UUCAAAUGUCUAUAUCAAAUGUCCACGUCCAGGUGUGGUCAGAGUUAGAUGUCCAAAUAGCGGACCUAGUUUGCAUGUUGCAUAAAGGUCAAAAAUUGGUCUUGGACCAACUGACGCAAUAUAGACGUGAUCCGCCUGUCCAUUAGACGUCUGAUGCUAAUAGUGUGGGAGCUAAAGCGUCAUGGUGAAGUGUUGAAUGAGCGCCACAAACACCACACAUUUUUUCCAUAUAUGUCCAUUUCACAAUGGAAGUUAUUUUUUUCCAGUAAACUUUUUUCCAUGUAAGAAUUGCAUGUAACCAAAACUUUGGAUGGAAAACUGUGACCAGCAAUGAGAGAGUAAGUGAGCUAUCUGUCAUUUUAUAGUUCAUUUAUGUUCAAACAGAAGUCACCACAUCAUUCAGCAUCAGCAGAAGAGAGGCGCAUGCUGUCAGCUCAUGCAACACAGCCCACUUGCACGUUUCAGUUCUUUAAAACACAGCACUUCUCACACCAUUGAGAGCAGCGGUGUUGAGAGAAGAACAAGCAGUAAACCAUGAUUGACUUUAACUGCAGUUCACCGAUGAACCACAUAGAUGCGUCGCUCCAUCUCUUUGAACGUGUGGCCUACAUACUUGUCUUCGCAGUGGCCUUUUCCUUCAACAUCACGGCUCUAUACAUGUUCUGUCACAUCAAGUGCUGGACAGACACGCACAUCUACAUGAUCAACCUGCUGGCUGCCGAUUUCUUGGCCACUCUUUUUCUUCCCUUCAGGAUACUGGAGGCCUUCUGUCCAAUAAAGCCGGACGUUUUGUGUUCGUUCCUGCUGUGCACCCAAUACUCCAACAUGUACUGCAGUAUCUUCAUCAUUACAGCCAUCAGCAUCCACCGGUUCAUAUCCGUCAGGUUUCCGUUUCUGACCAAGGCACUGGCCCCCAAAAGUAGGAUUAUCGCCACCACAGAGUGCAUUAUCAUCUGGGUGAUCGUAGCGGUGAUCUGCGCUUGUAACUAUAAAGACCUUCUCCCUGAACAUUUAGAGCACUGUUAUGAUCGAAAGCUGACAAAAAAGCUGAAACUAACUUUUUUCUUGCUUUUGGAGAUUUUAGGGUAUCUUAUACCAGUAGUCGUCGUCAUAUUUUGCUCCACACAAACCAUCUACAUCCUGGUCAGAUCGCUUCGGCAUGUUGGGGGUAGGGAUAGAGUGGAAAGGAAAAAAAUCACUGCUGUUAUUGCCGCGAACAUGUUCACGUUCAUAGUUUGCUUCACACCUGUUCACAUUGGUCUUCUGCUGCAAUAUUUAUCUGAUGAGUCCGGCAAAAACUUUGUGCAUGUGUUUCUUGAUGUGUCCGAGUGGAUCGCUACGACCAACUGCGGUCUGGAUUCUAUUGGGUAUUACUUUCUUCUAAAACGAGUUCAGAAAAGAGAGCAAAAUUACUGAUUGUUAUAAGUCAGCAAAGCAAAGUCUUCUUGGGAAAAAUGGGGAAACCCAAUAAAAUAAAGGUUCAUCAGAUAAAAGACUUACCGGUAACACUUUACAAUUAGGUUAAUCAGUAAACAUUAGUUAUUGUGUUAACUAACAUUGCGCACAUUUGUUACAGUAUUUAUAAUUUUUUGUUAAUUUGGCGGACUUUUCUUAAUUGGUGAUGAUGGCACAGUGGAUAAGACACAUGCCUUUGGUGUGAGAGACCCAGGUUCGAAUCCACCGUCAGACACCAAUGUGUCCCUGAGCAAGACACUUAACCCCUAGUUGCUCCAGAGGCGUGUGACCUCUGACAUACGGUAUAUAGCAAUUGCAAGUCGCUUCGGAUAAAAGCGUCAGCUAAAUAAAUACAUGUAAACUAAUUGACCUUAUUGUAAAGUGUUACCGGUUUACCAUCAGUGGAACUACCUCACAUUUCCAAUUAAAUAAUAGGAUAAAGAAGACGAAUGGUAUAUACAAAAUAGUACCACCACAGUAAUCUAUAUUCUUGUAAAAAAUAUGAAAUGUAUGCAAAAUAAAAUGUCUAAAUGAUUAUCCUCUGCACUUGUUCUAACAUGAUUAAGUGGAAAAGUAUUAAAGGAAAUGUGUGUCCAUUUGUUAACAUUAGUCAGAAAGCUAGCUGUCAGACAGCGCGUCCCGUGACGCUUUCAAACAUGCCUCAUUUAAUUCGGUUGAAUCACACUAGAGUUCGUUUUCACCCUUUACUUGGUGCGGUUCGUUUGGGCAGGUGUGAAGGCAGCAAUCGCACCCGGGUGCGCACCAAAAGCGGACCAAAGAAGUGUACCGAGACCUCCUCGAAGACGCUUUCAAACGAACUCUGGAGCGGUUCGUUUGUGGUGAGAACGUGAUCGACCUUGAACAGACCCAACUGACAAAUAACUGUGCAUUUUUGGACUAAACCAGCUUCCGUAGCCAUGACUGACUUACCGCGUUCUGCACUGUCACUGAAACACUCAUCAUAAACACUGCACAGUGAAUCUCUUAUUUAUGUCGCGUCUAUACUUUGUUGUUUAUGAGGGGAUUUGCGAAAGGAUAAAGCGUGUGCUGAUCCUGAACAUAGAGAAUACACACAACCGACACAUCCGGGAACUUAACUGUCAAUUUUGUAA